CAACCUCACCAAAUGAAAAUCACUCACAAAAUCAAAAUCUUGAAAAUGGAUUUGUUCAAGCAUUGAAUUACUUCCAACAACUUUCAAAAAGCAAAAAAAAAAAAACCUUAAAUCACUUGAAACGUCAGUUUCUUCGUUUUUUUGGGUUGGAUUCAACAAAUGAUUAGUUAUUAAUUUAUUACAUAUAAGAUAAAAAAAAUUCAGAAAAAGAAAAAACCCGUAGGAAACACGUCUUGUCAGGUUCCACUUUAGCAGAAAAGAAAAAUAAUCUAAAAUUGAAAAAUGAGUAUUGAUUAGCUUCUAGAUCCACAUUUCCUUGCAAACCAUGCAACAACAGCAGGACUAGGAGAACAACAAGAAAGGGGAAAGAGGAAGACGAUUGUUGUGGUAGAAUCUGUUUUCGAGGACAUGGGGAGGCUGUUUGUUGUGAAUCUUGAAGGAAAGAUCUAUAGCUGCAAACACUGCAAAACCCAUCUUGCUCUUUACGAAGAUAUUGUUUCAAAGUCCUUCCACAGCAGGCAUGGGAAAGCUUAUCUCUUCAAUAAGGUACAGGUGGUUUAUAACUGACAACAAGUUAAAAGGCAUUGUAUGUUCAUACUUAUGCUCUUUUAGCUUCAAUCAUCUUCCAUUGUUUGGCAGAGUGAACGUUUCAAUGGGAGUGAAAGAAGAUAGAAUGAUGAUGACUGGGAUCCAUACGGUUGUUGACAUAUUUUGUGUUGGAUGCGGAUCAAUUGUUGGUUGGAAAUAUGAGAUUGCACAUGAAAAGAGCCAGAAGUACAAAGAAGGAAAGUCUGUUCUUGAGCGGUUUAAGGUGUCUGGUCCUGAUGGAAGUAGUUAUUGGAUGAAUCAUGAAGUUCAUAUUGGUGGAAGCGAUGCAGAUGAUGUUUGAUUCGAACCCGCUUCAUUUCCAAUUGUACAUCCUUUCUCCCCUAAUGUUCUAAUUUAACUCUUUGAACAAGGAAAACUGAAUUCCUCAUUUCGGUGGGUCACUGAUCAUGCUGUCAAUAACCUGCUUCAAAACAUUGGAUUGUUGAUUGUUUGUUUGUUGAUUCUUAUCUAGUCAAUACUCAGUUUCAAAGGACAUUUCAUGUUAACAUGAUUCAAGUUUCA